AUGUUAUCAGAGAGACUCUGGAACCUUGGGCCUGCCAGAGCUCCUGGAGAAUAUGGGGCAUUUCAGGUUCCAAGGCAGUGGAGCUGGUCAGUGCUCUCUAGCGUUGUGGAGGAACAGGAGCCCAUGCCCUGCAGCAGAUCUCAAGGGCCACAGAGCUGUGUCGCAGGGACUCUGAACUGUGACACUGUCAUCUGCCUCUGGUGUAGCAGGCACGACCCCGCAUCUGGAGCAGAUAUGAGUCCUGGGCCCAGCCCUCAGACUGUGAGCCGAAACUCACAGGCACGACCCCGCAUCUGGAGCAGAUAUGAGUCCUGGGCCCAGCCCUUGGACUGUGAGCCGAAACUCAGAGACUCUUCAUGCAAAAUGAACAUGAUGGUGGUCACCAAAGUAACGGUGUUUGAAGCCCCUUUGAGAGGCUUCCUGUGGCUGCUGCAUGGAGAGCAGGUGGGUAUCAGGGGCUGCUGCAGUCGCCCACAGCAUGUUAGCAGGCAAGCCUUCAAGGUGUCAGGAUGGAAAGAGAGGAAAAGCUUUUCCAUUCAGAGGACUGGAGAGGAGGAGAGACUCACAAGCGGGUGGAGGCAAGAAAAGAUCCAGACGUGGGCAGCGGAGUGGGGAGGUUGUGAGCGGUGUGCGUGGAAUGGGGGCCGUGUGAAUGCUGAACAGGGUUGUUACCCACAGCGGUCAGGCUGCAGAAGGCCGGCGCCGCCUCCCUCCCUGGUGCGCCCUCCAGGCCUGACACGCAGAGCCGCGGAGUGGCACUGGUGUAAAUAUUAUGAGAAAAAGAAAUGUCAGCCAAAGAGGGAAGAGCUGAAAAACUCAUUUGGGCACAAGACUAGGCCUAGGGAGGGGCCGCAGCUGUGGCUGAAACCCUGGAGGGGUGAAGUGGGAGGACCGCCGGUCUCAGCGGAUGGCUGUGAAGUGGAGGUUCCGGAUCCGAACGACCCUUUAGGACCCCUUGAUGGACAGGACAGCCCGAUGCCAACUCUGAAAGGUUACUUUCUGAAUUUUCUGGAGCCAGUAAACAAUAUCACCAUUGUCCAAGGCCAGACGGCAAUUCUGCACUGCAAGGUGGCGGGAAACCCACCCCCCAACGUGCGGUGGCUGAAGAAUGACGCCCCGGUGGUGCAGGAGCCGCGGAGGAUCAUCAUCCGGAAGACAGAAUACGGCUUGCGACUGCGAAUCCAGGACCUGGACACGACAGACACUGGCUACUACCAGUGCGUGGCCACCAACGGGAUGAAGACCAUUACUGCCACGGGCGUCCUGUUUGUGCGGCUGGGUCCAACGCACAGCCCAAAUCAUAACUUUCAGGACGAUUACCAUGAGGAUGGGUUCUGCCAGCCUUACCGGGGGAUUGCCUGUGCACGCUUCAUUGGCAACCGGACCAUUUAUGUGGACUCGCUGCAGAUGCAGGGGGAAAUUGAAAACCGAAUCACAGCGGCCUUCACCAUGAUCGGCACCUCUACGCACCUGUCGGAUCAAUGCUCGCAGUUCGCCAUCCCAUCCUUCUGCCACUUCGUGUUCCCUCUGUGCGACGCGCGCUCCCGGGCACCCAAGCCGCGUGAGCUGUGCCGCGACGAGUGCGAGGUGCUGGAGAGCGACCUGUGCCGCCAGGAAUACACCAUCGCCCGCUCCAACCCGCUCAUCCUCAUGCGUCUGCAGCUGCCCAAGUGUGAGGCGCUGCCCAUGCCCGAGAGCCCCGACGCUGCCAACUGCAUGCGCAUCGGCAUCCCGGCCGAGAGGCUGGGCCGCUACCAUCAGUGCUAUAACGGCUCAGGCACGGAUUACAGAGGAACGGCAAGCACCACCAAGUCAGGUCACCAGUGCCAGCCGUGGGCCCUGCAGCACCCCCACAGCCACCACCUGUCCAGCGCAGACUUCCCUGAGCUUGGAGGGGGGCACGCCUACUGCCGGAACCCCGGAGGCCAGAUGGAGGGCCCCUGGUGCUUUACGCAGAAUAAAAACGUACGCAUGGAACUGUGUGACGUACCCUCGUGUAGUCCCCGAGACGGCAGCAGGAUGGGGAUUCUGUACAUCUUGGUCCCCAGCAUCGCAAUUCCACUGGUCAUCGCUUGCCUUUUCUUCUUGGUUUGCAUGUGCCGGAAUAAGCAGAAGGCAUCUGCGUCCACACCACAGCGGCGACAGCUGAUGGCCUCGCCCAGCCAAGACAUGGAAAUGCCCCUCAUUAACCAGCACAAACAGGCCAAACUCAAAGAGAUCAGCCUGUCUGCAGUGAGGUUCAUGGAGGAGCUGGGAGAGGACCGGUUCGGGAAAGUCUACAAGGGCCACCUGUUUGGCCCUGCCCCAGGGGAGCAGACCCAGGCUGUGGCCAUCAAAACACUGAAGGACAAAGCAGAGGGGCCCCUGCGGGAGGAGUUCCGGCACGAGGCUAUGCUGCGAGCGCGGCUGCAACACCCGAACAUCGUCUGCCUGCUGGGCGUGGUGACCAAGGACCAGCCCCUGAGCAUGAUCUUCAGCUACUGUUCGCAUGGCGACCUCCACGAAUUCCUGGUCAUGCGCUCGCCGCACUCGGAUGUGGGCAGCACGGACGACGACCGCACGGUGAAGUCCGCCCUGGAACCCCCCGACUUCGUGCACCUGGUGGCACAGAUCGCGGCAGGGAUGGAGUACCUAUCCAGCCACCACGUGGUGCACAAGGACCUGGCCACCCGCAACGUGCUGGUGUACGACAAGCUGAACGUGAAGAUCUCAGACUUGGGCCUCUUCCGAGAGGUGUAUGCCGCCGAUUACUAUAAGCUGCUGGGGAACUCGCUGCUGCCCGUCCGCUGGAUGGCCCCGGAGGCCGUCAUGUACGGCAAGUUCUCCAUCGACUCGGACAUCUGGUCCUAUGGCGUGGUUCUGUGGGAGGUCUUCAGCUACGGCCUGCAGCCUUACUGCGGGUAUUCCAACCAGGACGUGGUGGAGAUGAUCCGGAACCGGCAGGUGCUGCCCUGCCCCGACGACUGUCCCGCCUGGGUGUACGCCCUCAUGAUCGAGUGCUGGAACGAGUUCCCCAGCCGGCGGCCCCGCUUCAAGGACAUCCACAGCCGGCUGCGAGCCUGGGGCAACCUUUCCAACUACAACAGCUCGGCGCAGACCUCGGGGGCCAGCAACACCACGCAGACCAGCUCCCUGAGCACCAGCCCCGUGAGCAAUGUGAGCAACGCCCGCUACGUGGGGCCCAAGCAGAAGGCCCCGCCCUUCCCACAGCCCCAGUUCAUCCCCAUGAAGGGUCAGAUCAGACCCAUGGUGCCCCCGCCGCAGCUCUACAUCCCUGUCAAUGGCUACCAGCCGGUGCCGGCCUAUGGGGCCUACCUGCCCAAUUUCUACCCAGUGCAGAUCCCAAUGCAGAUGGCCCCGCAGCAGGUGCCUCCUCAGAUGGUCCCCAAGCCCAGCUCACACCACAGCGGCAGCGGCUCCACCAGCACAGGCUACGUCACCACGGCCCCCUCCAACACGUCCAUGGCGGACAGGGCAGCCCUGCUCUCAGAGGGCACCGAGGACGCACAGAACGCCCCGGAAGACGGGGCACAGAGUCCCGUGCAGGAAGCAGAGGAGGAGGAAGGUUCUGUCCCAGAGACUGAGCUGCUGGGGGACAGUGACACUCUGCAGGUGGACGAAGCCCAAGUCCAGCUGGAAGCUUGAGUGGCACCAGGGCCCAGGGUUCGGGGACGGAAACCCCGCUGAGACCCCACAGGGACCUCAGUCGCCUUUGAGAAGACACCAUACCCAGCAAUCAUGAGAGCCCGCCGGCCAGCGGGCUUGUUUGCAGACUGGGUGAGGUGGAGCCCUGCUCCUCUCUGUCCUCUGACACAGACAGCUGCCCUGCCUAGGAGCACCCGAGUCAGGCAGGGGCCUGGUAGCACAGCAUCCUGAGGAGCAGGACACAUGGUCACCCCCAGGGCUGCCUACAUUGAUUCUGGUGGGAUACUGGUAGUGAGCAGCAAAUGCCUUUCAAGAAAAUAGGUGGCCACUUCACUCCGUGUCGUAUAUGGAGCGAAUAUUUCGAAACGUUGGGAAUAAAGGCCUGCAAAAGGCAAGCGAGGAGGCACCUCGGUCUUGAAGUUCCCGACAACCCAUCUGGUCUGUUGGUUUGAGGAUGAAGGGGCUCCAUGUCCGCUGCCUCCCUGCCGAGAAUAUUCUCCCUUUAGCAGCCAAAGAUUCGUUGGAACCGAGGCAGCCCUCUGCUGCCCGUUGGGGUCGGAAGACGGGGGCUCCUGAAAUGGGAGUUCCUGAGAUACAACAAAACGUGUGCCUUCGAAGAAAUGGACACCUUUGUAUUUGGUGAAAUGGUUUUAAUUAUACUGCAUGUGUAUUUUGCCCACUUUUUGGGAAUUCAAGGGAAAGCAUUUCUUGGGUUUGGAAUGUUCAGAAGAAGCAAUAUUGUACAGAACACAGUAUUGUUAUUUUUUUUUUUAAGACUCAUGUACAGACCUUAAAUGUAAUUUAUAUGUUUUUAAUAUGCCAUUUUCAUUGAAGUAUUUUGAUCUUAAGAUAAUGAUUUUAGUAAUUUAACUGUUUACAUUACCCAUGUUGGGAUCCAGCUGGUCUUGGUUGCUUGUCUUUGUACCACGUGCACGGGAGGUCCAUUCAUUCUAGAGCCCCUGUUACACACAGACCCACAGGCAGCCGUCUGUGCCCCGCACACAUUGCUGGUCCCGUUUGUAAAUCCCACACCUGGUGUACCCAAUAAAGUGAAACAAAGCA